UAAAACUCUGGAAAAACCCACUUCUGUAGCGCUGUACAUAGAACCACUUCAGGUUAACCAGGGAGUUGUUAUAGGCUCAACUCAACAGAGUUAAAAUAACAGGAAUAGUUCAAGAUGGCUACCAGUGAAUUGAAUCAGUUUCUUGAAGAAGUUGAUGAGAAGGUCCUGGAGUGCACCAUCUGUUUUAAAAGACUUCAAAAUCCUAAAUCUCUCAACUGCCUCCAUAGUUUCUGUUUGGCAUGUCUGGAAGACUGGGUUAAGAAAAAUGGUAAGCUGACUUGCCCAACUUGCUCAAGAUCUUACCCCAUUCCGACUGGAGGAAUUCAGAAGCUUCCACCAAAUACUUUCAUAGACAAUUUAUUAGAAACAAUAGAAAAAAUUGCCACAAGAGAUCAGAUGAAAUGUGUUUGUGCUAAAGGGCAGGCAAAAUACUACUGCCAGGAAUGUAGACAUUACUUGUGCUCACCUUGCAGUGUAUACCACAAAAUAUUUCCUAUGUCAGCAAACCACAAGCUGCAUACAGUGGAGGAUGUGCGAUCAAUGACGCCACAUGACUUUGCUGCGUUACAUCCGCCGCUGUGUUUUCUUCACAACAAACCUUUGGAAUUCUACUGCACGGAUUGUAAAACUCCAAUCUGCAUAAAUUGUACAUUUAUGGACCACAAAGUCUGGGAAGGGGAACACAAACCCAUCUGUAUUUCAGAUGCAUUCCAGGAAUUUAAAGAAACAUCUGAAAAAUUGAAGGAAGCUGUUGUUCAAUGUAAAAACAAAUUGCAAGAUGGCCUCAAAAUUGUAACUUACAAUGCUACAAAUUUAGAGGAAAGUAAAGAUAUAAGUCUAAGAGAUAUUGAUAAUCAUGUGAAAGUAAUGGUCAAGGAAAUCAAAGCGAAUGGAGACAAACUGAAAAAUGAAGUAGAGACGAUCUACAAAACGAAGAAGGCGGCAAAUGAUGAACAAAUGGAUGAACUGAGAAUAACAAUAUCUGAUUUAAAUACAAAACUGAGUUUUCUUAAUCAGUUAUUAAAGAGUGAUGAAGCUACAGCAAUGCAAUCAAGUGAAAGAAUAAUUAAAGCACUGAAGGACAGAAUCAAUGAAUUGCCAAACAUGGAGCCAAAUGAUAACAAACAAAUUAAAUUCUUAAUAAAUAAACACCAAAUUGAUUCAUGGCAACAAUGUGAUAUUGGAAAUGUUACUCAAGUGAGGACAGCAGACUGUCUACAGUUAAAAGGAGUGGAAUCUGUGACGCAAGGUCAGACAAUUGUCAUUAAAAUAAUAAAAACAGAAGAAUGUGUAAUACAUGCAAAUCAACUUAAUGCAACCUGGACACAUCCUACGGGAGAAGUCAACAUCCCAGAAGUUCAGGAAAAUGACAAUGGAGAUUGUUUUGUUACAGGAAAAUGCACAAGUCCAGGUGUUUGCCAACUAUAUGUAAGUGCUGAUGGAAAACCAAUCAGGCAGUCACCAGUGAUAAUCAAAGUAGAGAAGGAAGGUUUAAUAAAUACUAUUAGAAUUGACAAAGCAGUUAGAGAUGUAGUUAAGUGUGAAGAUGAUUACUUGUUGGUUUCAUGUUUGACAAAUGAAAUACUCAAGUACAAGAAAUCAGGAAAAUACAUUGACAAGGUUACACUACCACAAGGUGUGCAAGUUAACAGAAUGUACAAAAUGAAGAAUGGUAACAUAGCUUUUAGCGAUUGGGAUGAUAAAUGUAUCAAGGUAUGUAAUAUGAAUGGUCAGGUCAUCAAAACAAUUGGUCAGAGAGAAAUACAGAAUCCAUUUGGUAUCCAUGUAAAUGAGGCAUCAAAUAUUGGGUAUGUAGGAAUAGGUGAAGGUGUGUUCAUAUUUGAUAUUGAUAGUACACAGAAAAUCAGAGUUAUAGGGAGAUCAGGCUGCCAAGGCAAUCAAAUGAAUGGAGUCAUUGAUGUUACUCUUCAAAAUCAAGGAUAUCUGUUGGUAUUGGAAUAUCACCAAAGCACAUUAAAACUAUAUAAUACUGAAGGAUGGUUUUUGAAAACCCUUGUCAUGGCAGGUGAUGAAAAUGGGAAGUUGCGGAAUCCACGUGGAAUAGUAGUUGAUGAGGAUGACAAUAUCAUUGUAUCAAGUAAAAAUAAAAUACAGUUAUUUAGUAGAGAUGGAAAUUUCAUUAAGAGAAUUGAUAAACAAGAAGAUGAAAUCAUUGAUCCAGACGGAUUGAUCAUUUCAUAUCAUCCACGAAGAGUUGUGGUAGCAAACAAUAGUGACAAAACAAUAAAAAUAUUUAAUUAUUAAAGUUUUUUGGUUUUUUUUUAUUCAAUAUUUCACAAGUUCCUCAAAAGGUACAACCUUAAUUUGUGAAUUUUCUUCCCUUUAGUUAAUCCAGUGUCAAUUUUUUAUAAGUAAAUAUUUUGACUUACAGACUUGACAUGUUUCGCCUCUUGGCAAGAAGCAUCGUCAAAAGUGAAGCGAUGACAGCUCAAACCUUUCGAUGACAAAAUUCAAGCAAGAAAGCUUAAUUGGUCAAUAUUAAAAAUGUUUUGUUUACGAUUAAUAAUAAUGUGUUAGACUUUGUAUAUAGUAGCGCUUAAUGCCAACAAGGUCUCUAUCUAAGCACUUCACAUUUCAAUUGCAGGGGCGGAUUCAGAGGGGGGCUAAACAGGCUUUAGCUCCCCCUAAAAUUUGAUAGCCAUUUCUUUUUAACUACUUUUUGAAGGUCCAAAUUAAAAUAUUGUUUAAUUUUUUCUUCACACAC